GCCGCGCUGCCGGUGUUGCCCCGCAAGCUGGGGCGGGAGGAGCAGGCGGCGAGCGUCUGGCGGAGCGCGGCGGGCAGCGGGGACCACCCGGGAUGCUGCUGCGGCUGUGGGGCCGUCGGCUUAGCGAGCGCCCGAGCCGGCUGCGGAGACAGAAAUGAGCACAUCCCCGAAUGUUAGAUUCCCAUGAGCAUGGUGACUUGCUGCUGACACUGAAAAGACAGACCCAGAGUGGUGGCCUCUGAGAACCAGCUCCUUCGCCUUCCUCCUGACCUUCACCUUUGUCUUCACCACGAUGGAGACGCUUUCCCAGGAUUCCCUGCUGGAAUGUCAGAUCUGUUUUAAUUAUUACAGCCCCCGGCGAAGGCCCAAGUUGCUGGAUUGCAAGCACACCUGCUGCUCCGUGUGCCUCCAGCAGAUGAGGACGAGCCAGAAGGACGUGAGGUGCCCCUGGUGCCGAGGCAUCACCAAGCUGCCCCCGGGCUUCUCUGUGUCUCAGCUACCUGAUGACCCCGAGGUCCUGGCGGUCAUCGCCAUCCCGCACACUUCCGAGCACACCCCAGUCUUCAUCAAACUUCCAAGCAAUGGGUGCUAUAUGCUGCCCCUGCCCAUCUCCAAGGAGCGCACUCUGCUGCCGGGAGACAUGGGCUGCCGCCUGCUGCCAGGGAGUCAGCAGAAGUCCGUCACGGUGGUGACCAUCCCUGCGGAACAGCAGCCCCUGCAGGGCGGGGCUCCCCAGGAGGCCGUGGAGGAGGAGCCAGACAGGCGGGGCGUGGUGAAGAGUUCCACGUGGUCUGGCGUGUGCACUGUCAUCCUGGUAGCCUGUGUCUUGGUCUUCCUCUUGGGCAUCGUGCUGCACAACAUGUCCUGCAUCUCUAAGCGCUUCACUGUGAUAUCCUGUGGCUGAAGCCAGGUGCAGGGAUGCUUCUUGAGGGUGCCAACUUAGGGGGUGAGCAGGUGUUGGUGAUGGGAUCCCGGUGAGGAAAUAUGGGGGGGGUGACACUGACCAUUUGGUGCAAGAACUGGCCUCUGGUUUGCCACUUGAUUCACCCGAAGACAAGGACGGAAGGUGAGGUCCCAAGAUACCUGGAGAAUUGUUCCAAGAGUUGAUGGCGACAGCUGUGAAGACGUUUGCAUGCUUUCUCAUAAUCGUGUAUUCAAUGGGCUGUAAUUUAUGAUUUUUCCAAAAUCAUGUCCCUGAGAUAGACCUAUUCUACCCAGAUGUGAAACUGAAAACAUGGGUGAAGUGUGAUCUCUAAAUUCCAUAGGUGGUAGGUUAAAACAAAAUUGCUGUGUAUGCCAGUAGAAUUAACCUCAAAUCCAUGUAAAAAAAUCAGUGAAGACAUGCUGUGUCGGCUUCCUUGCAUUUAAAAACCAACAGUCUUCACUUACUCGGUAAGGCUUUUUAUACAUUCUGAAUGGCACCCAAAUCAAAAUAACUGAAACAGACCCUUUUUUUUUUUGGAGAAAAUAUUUGAACAAGUGUCUCCAGCGUGUUGUGUUUUGUCAUGUUCCUUCCUUUCUCUUCACUUGUGAUUAGAACUUGCUACAUGUUUAUUAAGCUGAAAGCCAACAGGGGCAAGAUAAACCAAGAAAUAACGAGAAAGCCUAAUCCCACAGGAAGCCCGAAUGCCAAUUUCUCUCAAGCCAUCUCACAAAAUAAGAUUUAAAAUGUAAAUAUUGUGAAUUUGUAUGUGUGUUUUGUGUGUGUAAUUUGAUUAUCUCAGGUUUGUGAGUCUUUCCAGAAGAACCCUGGGAGUAAGACUUUGUGGGCAUGAACAAGUUGUCAAAUGUCUAAAACACUGGUCCCCUUGUGGGCACCUGGAUCUUUCCCUUGUGUCUCCCACACAUCACCUCCCACACUUGCUUGCUCCUCUGCUGUGUGUUUUAAGUCCUGUAUUGGCAUGGCACAAAUGGAGAGUGCCAGAAGAGCUUGUGCCACCCCCCUCAACCCAGUUUGGACAUUUUGUAUGAAAGUCAUGCGUGUUAGUAGCCAAUGGCACACCCAGACGAGCAUUUUAAUAGGCAGUCUUUGAUGGUUAUUUUUAGAGAGAUGUUGUUUUCUAAGAGUCAACCCUUUUAGAAUUUCAAUUUUCUCUUGUUGGUAUAGCAAGAAAAUGUUUUGUAUUUCAGAAUAUGUUCCUAUUUAGAAAAGCAGCAAGGUAAACGAACAACUCACAUUCCUGAUGUAAGUGGACCAGUUUCUCACAAAUGCUCAACUAUUUUAAGAUGUGAAUGUAUGAAAAGAGAUCUGCUCAUUUGAAAUGGUCAGUUCCUAUCCCUGGGUGCAUGUGCUUUCAGCCUUAGCUGUGAGCUAUAUAGUCCUCAGCUAGACUCUUUGUGGAAUAAAGGAAGCAACUGAAACUUGUCAAGGAAUCCACUCAAAUGUGUGCUUUGCAGUUCUGUUGAACCCCUGGAAAUGGAAGGCAAAGAUGAGCAGGGAUGGGUUCUAUAAAGCAAGGCUAGGAAACAGCCCUGUGAGAUUGAGGCAGUUUAUUUGUAUGCUAACUGUUAUCUUCAAACAGCACAACAUACAUGUACUAAAGUGAUGGAAUUACUGUGAAAUAAAACAAAAAAGUAUUUCUAGAAUACAAAGAUAACAUGUAAUUGGCAUAAAAAUACAAUAUAAAAUUGAGAUCUGGUUUUUCAAAUCUUUCAAAUUUGUCAGAACUUUAGAAAAAUGUAUUUGAGGACUUAAAUUAGAAUUAGGUUAAAAUACCAUUUUAUUGUGUAUGCUAUUGGGCAUUAUACAACAAAUAAUCUGGGAUUAAUUUGGUAAUAAUAAUUUAGAUAUCAUAUUAACUAAAUACUAUCCUCUAUUAUAUAACAUAAUAUACUGUUGGGUUACUGUCAAUUUCUCAAACUCCAAAGCAGCUGUAAUCCAUGUCUGACCCAAUUUCUAUUUCUGAUAAAUAGAAAAAUGCAAACACACAUACAGAGAGAGAGAGAGAGAGAGAGAGAGAGAGAAAUGUUGCAUUAACAAUGCUAUGUUUCAAAUGGACUUUACCCUUGCAAAUUUUAAGCCAGACUGUAUGUAAAUUAGGUCUGUGAGUGAUAUGGGCACACCUUUUUGUACCAUAGGAAAUGACUGAUCCUGUAGUAUCGUAAGUAAUAAGAGUCCUACUUGCUUUGUAGGCCAUAUAUAUAGACACUGAUGUACGUGAUGAUUCGAUGUCCUGUGUUUCUUUGUACAAAGCUGUAGAGUAAAAUUGUCCACGAAACUUUUACUUUAAAAAGACUUAUGCUAGAACUGCAAUUAAGCAGUGCAAAUUUAAUCUGCACUCUGGUAGAUUCUUGACCUUACAACUUAAUGAAAAUAACCCAAAUCAGAAUUUUUGUUUGUGUAUUUGAUGUAAAAAACAUUAUUUAAAGCUGUUGAAAUGGAUUCUGUCCAUGGUUUGCAUGUUGCUUGUUAGGAAGUGCAUUCUAUGAGAGAGAGAGAGAGAGAGAGAGAGAGAGAGAGAGAGAGAGAGAGAGAAAAGGAGAGAGAGAUCAGCCUGCUAAUUUCGAUAGGCUUAAUGAUGUUUUAAGGUCAUUCAGUAUCCCAUUGCUCUGGCUUCUUCUGGAAUUUACUCACAACACUAACGACCCAUCUACCCCAUGUGACACAAGUAGUCAGAGCUUACAGCUGCAUGUCAGUGAAAAGUAAAAGUGAUAAGCACAGAAAUUACAGCUGAAAGCAGCUUUAGUGGGUUCAUUUUGUAGAUGCGCUCAUGGGGUAGGGAUUGAGAGGAACAUGCAGGUUUGUCAUUCUGUAACCAGAGGACAGCAAGACCUGUGCACUGCUGUGCCCUGUUAUUCCUCCCUAGACCUGUCACCUUCCCUGUCAGGCUGUGAUUCUUUUCAGGGUCCAUGGAUGCCCUAUGCUAUGCCAGCUAUUGCUCUAAGGAUUAUUUUGGAGAUAUUUUCCUAUUAUGGUGGCUUUGACUCUGACAGAUGAAAAAAGGGUUGAUUUAGGGAUGACAUAGAUAUUGAAAAAAAAACUUUCAAACCAUGUGAUUUGAAUUUUUAAAAGUGUAAAACACUGGCCAGGACCUAGACCCUACCCCCAAUAUGUCAAGGACAGUGAGAGUUGUGUAAAUAGUAACCUCUAUGAAGCAUGAGUUUCCUUCUUUAUUAAUGAUUUUGACUAAGCAAGAGAAUGCUUACUGUGUUAAGUAGAGCCGAGUACACCACCCAGAAUAUUAUCUUUGAACAGUUUUUGUUAAUGACCUGGGGCAUAAGUUGUGAUGAAAAAAGGCAAAUUGGUUCUGAGUUCCAGUCAUACUUCCUGGUCAGGAAGAUCCAAGGUAUUUUCUUUAGAAAUAUAAUUAAAUGUAAUCCUCUGCAUGACUUUACAGAGUAGGUCCAUGGGUGUUUUCAGUCAUGUGUUGGUAUAGCUCUUGGAAUUUUCUAGAUCAGUACUGUUUGAUGGAACUUUCUGGGUUGAUGGAAAUUGUUCUAUAAUCUGUUCUGUCCAGUAGAGUAGCCACUGGUCACAUUGACUGUUAGGCAGUUAAGUGGGGAAGACUAAAGAAGUGGCUUUUGAAUUUUAUUUAAUUUUAAGUGAUAUAAAGUUAGUCUUAUGACUUGUGGCUACGACAUUGGUUAAUAGCAUCAAGAGGUUCGUUGGUUAAUGGCAUCAAGAGGUUAGAGUUUGUGGGCUAGUAACAGUUUUCAAAAAGAAAUUCCUUUCUAGGCUUAAGAAAAUCUUCUCAGCUCCAGCAAGAUGAUAAAAAUUUAUUGAUUGCCCUUUGGGGUUAUUUCUUAGAUACUUUGGACCAAGGAAUGAGCAGUAAAGUUUAAAGAGUGCUUUAUUAAGACCCCUUUCUGGGCCCAUUAGUUGCAUGUGAAUCUAUUGUCCAAAACUUGUCAUUAGACAGUAGCUGUAAAAUGUUUGACUUGCAAGCUGUGCAUGACCUGUGCUGUGAAAUUGUGUUUAGGAUCUUGUGCCCACCCCCAAAAGUCAAUGUUACAAAAAAAAAAUAAGAGCCCGAUGAAAUCCCCGUUCACUUUUGAUUGCUUAUCCCGACUUCAUCACUGCAUUGGUAAGGCAGGUGUGAGAUCCAAGAGCAAGCACAUCUUGCCAUGUUCAGGAUGUUUCAGUUUGUCCUUGAAGUUGGCUGGUUUGUCAUUGCGUUUGGUGUAGGCAAAAGUGGGCAUCAUUUUUCAGGUGCCAGGUUGAAAUGUAGGUACUAUUUUUAGAGUGAGAUUCGACAUUGUUUUAGUUUCUUUCUUUUAUUAAAUUUUUCUUUCCAUUAAAAAAAAUUUCAAAACUUUACACAAAGGCACUUUUUACAUUUUUUUUUUACAGUUAAAAAAUACAUAGUCCAGUGGAAUUUAGAGACUGGAAAGUUAUUGAAGCUCUUCUAUAGAAUUGCUUUUUAAGUGAGAGGAUGAAAGCAGAAAAUUCAUUUUGAGAGACAUUUUCUUAAAAGAUCACAUUGUUACUGAUAGUCUGGCAUUUAUUCCCAUUUAGAUUUUCAUUUAAAGAGCUCCCAUUCCUUUGAGAAUCUGUGCUAUGCCAAAAUUCCUUAGUCUCUUCAUUGCUUCCUCAAUGUAAUGUGAACCAAGUGUAUUUGCUUUAAUAUGGCAGAAUUGGGUUGAGUCAUUCAAGUCUAGAACUACUCAAUGAGUAAGACUGUCCUUUGGAGUUUGUCUUUAAAUUUUUAUCUUUCCUUGUUUGCCAAAAAUUUUUUUAAAGACUUCAGAAAGUUAGGAGGCCAAAAGUUGUUGGUAUGAUAAGUGACAGCCAAAAGAUGGUAGUUCCUCUCUUUCCUCAGAAAGAUGCUAUGGUCUUAGGCAGCAUUUUAUUUUCAUACCAGAAGUACUGGCCACCUUGCAUCCUUGACCUAAAUGGAGAAGCUGUUUCUUGACAGUCCUUUCAUUCUCAGUAAAACAUCACCCAAAAGGUGGUUUUUACCCAAACAACACUCCAGAGAAGAAUGGGAGAGCCAAGGUAAUGAAGUCAUGGUGUCUGUUCCAAAAGCUAUGAAGCUGAGUUGUUGGAUUUUGUUUAACUUGAGACACUUGAAAAAUAAGUAGAAAUUGAUUUUUCUGACACAAUUGACUUACUACACACACACACACACACAUACACACACACACACACACACACACACACAAUUUAGCUGUAAUUGGAGUUAAGAAUAAAGUAGAAAAUGUUAUGAGUCCCGUUUUCUUAUUUGUGGACCACAAAAUGUUGCUAUGAGCUGCACAUAUUAUGUCAAACCAGGUACCUUGGGGAGUGUCUACUCAAACAAGAUCUUAAGACAUCUCCAGUGUGUGGAGUUGGGCUCUACUGUAUACGUGUUAUUGAAAAGCUGUUGAUCACUGAGGAAACUAGCAAGUGGGGUGUUGAAUUUUUGACUUCUAAAUAGCUUAUUUUUUGUCCCUUCUCAAGGUGUCAACAUUGUAUACCACUAUUCCUAAACUCCUCCACUGUGGCCCAUUUCUCUAUAUAAAUUUCCUUGCUUGCUUGGCCAAUGAUCUUUUUAUUUUUCCCUAUUUACUUCCUGGGAUAUCUCCCUCUGUAUCUCUCACAACGUGUUGGUGCUUUCAAACACUCAUCUCUUUACCUGGAUUUUAUUCUAAUUUAAGGUUUUUAAUACUAUUCAUAUUAUAUUUUUAGGGACAAUCAGUAAUUAGAGCAAAGUACUGAGGAGCCUCUUGAGAUCCCCAACAGCAUGGAUUUUUGUUUGUUUUUACAGUGGUGUUCUCGUCUAUCUCUCCCUGUUUUCCCAGAUCACUGCUCCAAAUUCAUUACUAGAUCGAGGGCUAGUAGGCCUGAUGAAUGAGUUACUGAGUUAUUCUAACACAAGUUUUCCAAAGGAUUGGUCAGUUUUUAAUUUGACGUUUGCAUUUUGAGAAUCCAGAAGUAGGUGGUUCAGUAUGUUGGUGGCUUGGGAGUGAAGAGUGGAAGCAAAGGAAAUGACUGUGACAAAUGUGUCCUUCAAGGAAACAAGUUGAUACAUGUUAUCUAUGUUCGAAUAGUGAGAGAAGGCCAGUAGCUGUUGUCUUAUACUAUGCUGGCUAGAUUGACUCAGAUACAACCUACUAAGGACCCCUUAUUUGGGAGUGGUAGAGACAGAUCCCUGGGCUCUGAACAAAUAGGCAGAUAUGCCCAGUGAAGAGAAAAUACUUAACAAGGGAUGAGAAAAGUGUAAUGGGAUAUGGCUACCAAAGAAUACUGGACACUGUACAUCAGCCAUGGUAGAAACCAACUGAAGACAGCAGCACAUGACAACUGCAGUGACUUCAUCACGCACGCCUGGCCUGCCAUUCCAGCAUGGACCACCAGCUUCAGUUCAGGAGGCCUAAGCUCAAGACACACAGGGAAUGUGCUUCACUGAUGAAGGGGUCCCAAGGAGUGCCCGUCCUUCCCGUCAUCCUCUGUGAUACUCUUGAUUUAUCAAGGCUCUAGACAAUUCUGGAGCUGCUCUAGAGUUGGCCACAGUACAAGCGAGCACUGGCAUCCUAUUUGCUGUGGAAAACCCCUAAUCUGUGGGUGUGUCUUCACUUGAGACUCUUACUACUGUUGGAAAAAUGAGUUAAGACUAUUCUGGUUUGUAUCCUGGCUGCUGCCAUUUAUUCUACUUAUAUAUUUUGUCACUUGUUUGUAUUGUCCCCACCUGACUGUACAGAUGUGGAGGCUACUUUCAGCUUGGGGCAUUUGGUCACAAAUUCCUAACAAAUGCCAUGUAACCACUGCCAGGGUUCCCUUGUCCUAAAGCUCCACAGGUGGACUUCCUGCCUCUUGGUAACAUACUCCAGUCAAAUGGCAAGAUUGAUGCUAUUCCGAGGUUGUUAACUCUAAUCCCUGACAUGUUUCAUUUAUAAUUAUGUGGAUUAUUUAUUUGGGAAGUUUUUCUUUUAAAGGGCCAAAUUGCCCUGUAGAUAAAUGAGCUGCUGGGCUGUAGUAGAAAUUGUUGUCCAACUGUUGCCAAAUUCUGACUUUGUUAAAGGGGAUAUCAAGCUGCUGUUUAUUAAUCUGAAUGUCUUAAAAAGCACUCUUGCUUGCUCUCUGUUUAGAUAGUGUCAUAGCCAAUCCUGAGUUUUUCCAAUGAACCCAAUUUUAAUAUAUGGUAUUUUUGUAUGCCAAACUGGUGUCUUGUCCUUUGUAUAUGUGGUAAUGUUAAUUUUAUGACUACUGUUAAAACACAUUUGCUAUGAUUAAAAUUCAAAAUGAUUUCAAGUAGA